GCUCUGGCUACCCUUGCGUCCACCGUGUCUGCUCACGGUCACCUUCAAAGCAUUGGCGCCUCUAACACCGUUUACGCCGGCUUCAACAACUCUAUCCUGUACUCCAACACCAAGCCUGACCUCAUUGCCUGGUCCGACACUGUGAAGGACAACGGUUAUGUCGCUGAUUACACCAGCCCUGAUAUGAUCUGUCACUCUGGUGCCGCGCCUGGUGCGCUCUCAGCCCCCGUCAACGGUGGUGACACCGUCUCCUUCAACUGGGACACCUGGCCAACUUCCCACCACGGUCCCGUUAUCACUUACCUGGCUAAGUGCGAUGGCGACUGUGCCGAUGCCGACAAGACCACACUCAAGUGGUUCAAGAUCGAUGCCGUUGGUCUGAUCUCCGGAAACAGCAAGCCGGACGAAGGUGUUUGGGCCUCGGACAAGCUGAUCACCGAUAGCAACAAGUGGGAUGUCAAAAUUCCUGACACUAUUGCCUCCGGUAACUACGUUGCUCGUCACGAGAUCAUUGCUCUUCACAGCGCCAACAACGAAGGUGGUGCUCAGAACUACCCUCAGUGCAUCAACCUCAAGAUCACCAGUUCUGGUACUGACAACCCCGAGGGUGUCGUCGGUACUUCCCUGUACACUGCUCAGGACAAGGGUAUCUUUGUCAACAUCUACUACCCCGGCUUUGGUCCCGACCAGUACGACAUGCCUGGACCUGCUCUCUACACUGGU